AUGUAUCUGUACUCGCUAGAGGACUUCAGAACAAAGCCCAGUGUGUCGAGCUUGCAGCUACUUCUACACUGCACCGAGAGCCUGAAGAGGACCAGCCGCCUUCCCAAGCAGCUUCCAACACUGAAUGAACUGCUGCUGUACUACAUAGGGGCUGAACUGACCAAAAUUGGGCCUGGAAGAAUUGCUGCAGCACCAGUCAGUGACAUAAUAUUUUUCAAGCCAAAGACUGGUCAGCCAGUGCCCCAACCUGUGCCAAGAACCCAAGCGGCCGUACCAACCUGGACCGAUGAACAAGUGCACAACUUCUUGCAGCAAGUCAAGGUGCUGGCCCCAAAAACACUACUGCUGACUUCAAUAACAGACAGUGAAGGAACAGAUUCUUCACCUGAAGCAGCUGCCCAAGAAGAACAGUUGGACAACGAACAACAGUUGGACAACGAACAACAGUUGGACAACGAACAACAGUUGGACAACGAACAACAGUUGGACAAGGAUCAGUCAUCGCCACAGCUUCCACUCCGUUGUAUAUACGAGGGCAUGAGUACAGAAACAGCUAAAACAGUAGAGCUAGCAGAGGCAUGUUGCACUGAAAUUGAGAAGUCAACGCGUGGGUUGUACACUAACCACUGA